CCCGGGUAACAGAGAAGCGGCCGCGGCGGUAGAGGCGGCGGAGACGGUUUCUCCAUCUUCCCCCCCUCCCCUUCCCCCCUCGGAGUUUCCCUCCCUCCCUCCCUCCCUCCCAGUCUGGGCACUGGGGCCUGUGACCGCUUCGUUAGUGGAGAGGGAGCUGCCAGUCCUCUUCUGCAGGCCUUUGCCCCGCGCCGUUCUCGGGGCCUCCUUGCUGAGCCCGAGGCUCACGCCGAGAGGGACACGCAGUGAGGAGCGAGUGAAGCGGCUUUGCGGUUUUAUAGUGCAUCCCUGAGCAUGAGUGCAGAAUGAAGCGACGUUUAGAUGACCAGGAGUCACCGGUGUAUGCGGCCCAGCAGCGUCGGAUUCCUGGCAGCACAGAGGCUUUUCCUCACCAGCACCGGGUGCUUGCCCCUGCCCCUCCUGUGUAUGAAGCAGUGUCUGAAACCAUGCAGUCAGCCACAGGAAUUCAGUACUCUGUAACACCCAGCUACCAGGUUUCAGCUGUGCCACAGAGCUCUGGUAGUCAUGGGCCCACCAUUGCAGCAGUUCAUAGCAGCCAUCAUCACCCAACAGCUGUGCAGCCCCAUGGAGGUCAGGUGGUCCAGAGUCAUGCUCAUCCAGCCCCACCAGUUGCACCAGUGCAGGGACAGCAGCAGUUUCAAAGGCUCAAGGUGGAAGAUGCGCUAUCCUAUCUUGACCAGGUGAAGCUGCAGUUUGGUAGUCAGCCUCAGGUCUACAACGAUUUUCUUGACAUCAUGAAGGAAUUUAAAUCUCAGAGCAUUGACACGCCAGGAGUGAUUAGUCGAGUGUCUCAGCUAUUCAAAGGCCACCCUGAUUUGAUAAUGGGCUUCAAUACCUUCUUACCCCCUGGCUACAAAAUUGAGGUGCAAACCAAUGAUAUGGUGAAUGUGACAACUCCUGGCCAGGUUCAUCAGAUCCCCACCCAUGGCAUCCAGCCUCAGCCCCAACCACCACCCCAACAUCCUUCCCAGCCUUCAGCCCAAUCAGCCCCAGCUCCUGCCCAGCCAGCUCCUCAAGCCCCACCUACCAAAGUCAGCAAGCCUUCCCAACUACAAGCACAUACUCCAGCCAGUCAGCAGACUCCCCCACUUCCACCAUAUGCAUCCCCGCGUUCUCCACCAGUCCAGCCUCAUACACCAGUGACAAUCUCAUUGGGAACGGCCCCGUCCUUGCAGAACAAUCAGCCUGUGGAGUUCAAUCAUGCCAUCAACUAUGUUAAUAAGAUCAAGAACAGAUUCCAGGGCCAACCAGACAUCUACAAAGCAUUCCUGGAGAUUUUGCACACAUAUCAGAAAGAACAGAGAAAUGCCAAGGAAGCUGGAGGAAACUAUACGCCAGCAUUGACUGAGCAGGAGGUAUAUGCCCAGGUAGCUCGUCUCUUUAAAAACCAGGAGGAUCUAUUGUCAGAGUUCGGACAGUUCCUACCGGAUGCCAAUAGCUCUGUGCUUUUAAGCAAAACAACUGCUGAGAAGGUUGAUUCUGUGAGGAACGACCAUGGGGGCACUGUGAAGAAGCCCCAACUGAACAACAAGCCACAGAGGCCCAGCCAGAAUGGCUGCCAGAUCCGCAGGCACUCUGGGUCAGGAACCACCCCUCCAGUGAAGAAGAAACCCAAACUGCUCGGCCUAAAGGAGUCCUCUAUGGCAGAUGCCAGCAAGCAUGGUGUAGGAACUGAAUCAUUAUUUUUUGAUAAGGUCCGAAAGGCUCUUCGAAGCACAGAGGCAUAUGAAAAUUUCCUGCGCUGUCUUGUUAUUUUUAACCAGGAGGUGAUCUCUCGGGCUGAGCUUGUACAACUAGUCUCUCCUUUCCUGGGGAAAUUCCCUGAAUUGUUUAAUUGGUUUAAAAACUUCCUGGGCUAUAAAGAAUCUGUACAUCUGGAAACUUUUCCAAAGGAACGAGCCACAGAGGGCAUUGCAAUGGAGAUAGAUUACGCCUCUUGUAAACGAUUAGGCUCCAGCUAUCGUGCCCUACCCAAGAGUUACCAGCAGCCCAAGUGUACAGGACGGACUCCUCUCUGUAAAGAGGUUUUAAAUGAUACCUGGGUUUCCUUCCCUUCAUGGUCUGAGGACUCUACCUUUGUUAGUUCCAAGAAGACCCAGUAUGAAGAACAUAUUUAUCGUUGUGAAGAUGAACGCUUUGAGCUUGACGUAGUUUUAGAGACCAAUCUGGCAACAAUUCGGGUUCUAGAAGCAAUACAAAAGAAGCUUUCCCGCUUGUCUGCUGAAGAACAAGCCAAAUUUCGCUUGGACAACACCCUUGGGGGCACGUCAGAAGUUAUCCAUCGAAAAGCACUCCAAAGGAUAUAUGCUGAUAAAGCAGCUGACAUCAUUGAUGGUCUGAGGAAGAACCCCUCCAUUGCUGUUCCAAUUGUCCUUAAAAGGUUGAAGAUGAAAGAGGAAGAAUGGCGAGAAGCUCAGAGAGGCUUUAACAAGGUGUGGCGAGAACAAAAUGAGAAAUACUACUUGAAGUCUCUGGACCACCAGGGCAUCAACUUUAAACAGAAUGACACCAAGGUCUUGAGGUCUAAGAGCUUACUCAAUGAGAUUGAGAGUAUCUAUGAUGAGAGGCAAGAGCAGGCUACAGAAGAGAAUGCUGGUGUACCUGUCGGCCCACACCUCUCACUUGCUUAUGAAGAUAAACAAAUACUGGAGGACGCUGCUGCUCUGAUCAUCCACCACGUAAAGAGACAGACAGGCAUUCAGAAGGAGGACAAAUACAAAAUCAAGCAAAUCAUGCAUCAUUUCAUUCCGGAUCUGCUCUUUGCUCAGAGAGGUGAUCUCUCGGAUGUGGAAGAAGAGGAAGAAGAGGAGAUGGAUGUAGAUGAGGCUACAGGGGCAGCUAAGAAGCACAAUGGUGUUGGGGGCAGUCCCCCUAAGUCCAAGCUAAUGUUUAAUAAUACAGCAGCUCAAAAAUUAAGAGGCAUGGAUGAAGUAUACAAUCUCUUCUACGUCAAUAACAACUGGUAUAUCUUUAUGCGGCUGCACCAGAUUCUCUGCUUGAGGCUUCUGCGGAUUUGUUCCCAAGCGGAACGACAAAUUGAAGAGGAAAACCGAGAGAGAGAGUGGGAACGGGAAGUGCUGGGCAUAAAACGUGACAAGAGUGACAGCCCCGCCAUCCAGCUACGUCUCAAAGAACCUAUGGAUGUUGAUGUAGAAGAUUAUUACCCAGCAUUCCUGGACAUGGUGCGGAGCCUGCUGGAUGGCAACAUAGACUCGUCACAGUAUGAAGAUUCCCUGAGAGAGAUGUUCACCAUUCAUGCCUACAUUGCCUUUACCAUGGACAAACUGAUCCAGAGCAUUGUCAGACAGCUUCAGCACAUUGUAAGUGAUGAGAUCUGUGUGCAGGUGACUGACCUUUACCUGGCAGAAAAUAAUAAUGGGGCCACCGGAGGCCAGCUAAACACACAGACUUCAAGGAGCCUCCUGGAGUCAACGUAUCAGCGGAAAGCCGAGCAGCUUAUGUCAGAUGAGAAUUGCUUUAAGGUGAGAGAGUUGCUCAUGUAGCCAAGGACUUUGCUGGUAUAAAUUGUUAGGACUCCGUAAACUUAGAGUUAAAGCUAGUGUUCUUUGACCCAGUGAUACCACUCCUGAAACUUUUUAGAAUUCUAAUGAGCUCAUCAGAGGAAAUAUAAAGAACUUGGAAAAGUGGAAGUAGCUAUCUUUC